GCCUAGGCAACAGAUUUAGCGUUCCCCAGAGGCCGCCUUCCUCCGGAGUGAUUGCCCUGGAGACGGUCAAGGCUCUCCGGGCGAUGGGGGAGUGACGGUCACGCAGGCAGGCAGGCCGGCGGGCAGUUGGUUUCCGAGUCAUUCUGUCUCCUACAUUCGUGUGUCACAGAGCCCUCGUCCUGGUGCAGGGAAUGUGAACUGAAGAGAAGGGGGUCCUCUCUCUCUUAUAGUUCAGUGAUGCACGGAUGAAUACUGCGCAGGUUACUUAAGAAAUGGCGGAUGCAAGAGGGAUACUUUGAACCUCCUCUCUGUCCCUCUGGAAGCAGGACAUAAAUCUCCAUAACUCCCUCACUGUAUUGUACCAGAAGUUUUGGAGGCUGAAAGUCUGAAACCAGUAUCACUGGGCUGAAAUCAAGGUAUUUGUGCUCCCUUCGGAGGCUCAGGGGCAGAACAUGUUUCUUACUCUUCUGGUUUCCACCCAGAUAAACCCUUUUGAAUUCCUAACCCAUAGAAAUGGUGAGAUCAUUAAUGUUUCUUGUUUUAAACUGCUGUGUUUUAGGAAUAAUAUGUGAACAUAGCAAUAGAUAAUUAAUGCAGGAGGUAAGGAAAUUGUGAAGAUGGAGACUUAGUGAAUAGUGGUAUUUGUCAAAAGAGGACUGAUAGGAGGAAGGAGCAUGUUUGUGAGGGAAAAGGUCAGUUUGGGAAAGACCAGGUCAGCGUACCCAUCAGAUGUUAUGGUGGAGCUGUGUGGUGGGAAGAUAAACAAGUUCAGAGGAGUGUUUGGAAUAGGAUAUAUUAGGAGUAAUGGACCUAUAGGUGAUAGUAGAAUAUGGGGGAUAACAUCACCUAGUGUCACAGGCUGUCUUCUCUGGGAGCGCUUAUUGAGACUGAGUUUAAAAUAAAAGAAAGUUAUUAGGGGUCAGGUCCUAUGAAAGGAAGAUGGAGGAAGCAGUAUUAGGCAGAAGGUAAAGACAUUACUGGCCCAGUUAAACUUCCGUCAACCCUGCCAUGAGCUCUGGAACAAUCAUUGCCUGUUAGAGUAUCCCUUUAUGAGUCAAAUAAUCAAUUCUCUUUAUACCCCCACCUUGCUUAGUCAGCAGAUGUGGGUUGCCCCAGAGAGUUUAUGAGGUGGUUCUCAGCAGCUGAGCCAGACCCUACUGACGGCUGGAGAAUGCUGCUGACUACCAUGUCCACUGCUGGGCCGCAAGCCCUUGCUUGUAGAGGGAUCUGGAGAGUGCAUCCUUGUAUCUACCACCCCUGGAAAGAGUGGCUAGAGAGAGUUGCAGAAAGGAAUUGGGAAAUACCUACAUUUAAGGGAUAGGGAAAUGGAGAAAGAAUCUACUGAAAGAGACUGAGGAGAUGAGGUCAAAGGAAAUAGAUAGCCCUGACAGUCAUCCCACAGAAGCCUAGGACAAGUUUUGACAGCAUUAAAAGUCAGAAACAGUCAAAGACAACAGGAAUGUGCAAACACGAAUACACAGUUUGGAACGACUUAGGUACCAAUCUUAGUGUUUCCUUCCAAUAGCAUUCUCUUCUCAGGUGUGGGAGGGGUCCUGCCUUUUUAGUAUCUACAACCACAGUUCUCAGCAGGCCAGUCAAUCCCAAGACUCUCAGGCGUUGGCUUCCAGGAGGGCUUUGAAAGGAAGGCCUAGUAACUAGAUUAGAAAAUAACUAGGUGUAAAAAUUACUCAGUAAACACUUACGAACCUUUCCUUAAAAUUAUGAAGCAUUAUUAAAUUUAAAAAUUUUAAAACAUUCUUUUAAAAAAAUCUAAAUCUAAUCAAGCCUUCAUACCUACCUAUCAAUUAUGUGAAAUAUAGGGGACAGAGGAACAUGUGAAAUGACUCCAUAGGAUUACAGUUGGCAUCUACAGGAUGACUUAACUUCUUCAACAUCAUGUAAAUUGAAAGAAGAGAGAGAGAGAGACUGGACGAGCUACAUAAAGAAUUUGCCAGGCCCAGUGUAAAAUGAAAGUAUGGAGUCCCUUUGUCAAAGAGCAGGAAAAGAUGUCCUUAAAGGAUCAGUGCUCAAUUGGUCAGGGCAGGGGCUACAGAAAUUAAGUCCAAACUUACCCUGUGAAGUUGAUGUUCAUACUUUGAUUCUGGAUAAAAAUCAGAUUAUUAAAUUGGAAAAUCUUGAGAAAUGCAAACGAUUAAUACAGUUGUCAGUGGCUAAUAAUCGGCUAGUGCGGAUGAUGGGUGUGGCCAAACUGACCCAGCUCCGAGUGUUGAAUUUGCCUCACAAUAGCAUUGGCUAUGUGGAAGGGCUAAAGGAACUAGUACAUUUGGAAUGGCUGAAUUUGGCAGGAAAUAAUCUCAAGGCCAUGGAACAAAUCAAUAGCUGCACGGCUCUACAGCACCUGGAUUUAUCAGACAAUAACAUACCCCAGAUAGGUGAUCUAUCUAAAUUGGUAUCACUAAAGACCCUGCUUUUACAUGGAAAUAUCAUCACCUCUCUUAGAAUGGCACCUGCUUAUCUACCCAGAUGUCUUGCUAUACUUUCUUUGGCAGAAAAUGAAAUCCGGGACUUAAAUGAGAUCUCUUAUUUGGCAUCCUUAACUGAAUUGGAGCAGUUGUCAAUCAUGAACAAUCCCUGUGUGAUGGCAACACCGUCCAUCCCAGGGUUCGACUAUCGGCCCUACAUCGUCAACUGGUGCUUAAACCUCAGAGUCCUGGAUGGAUAUGUGAUUUCUCAGAAGGAAAGUUUAAAAGCUGAAUGGCUCUAUAGUCAAGGCAAGGGGAGAGCGUAUCGGCCUGGCCAGCACAUCCAGCUUGUCCAGUAUCUGGCUACCAUCUGUCCUCUCAGUUCUGCGCUGGGUCUUCAAACUGCAGAGGAUGCCAAACUCGAGAAGAUUCUGAGCAAGCAGAGGUUUCACCAGAGGCAGUUGAUGAACCAAAGCCAAAAUGAAGAGUUGUCUCCUCUUGCCACUGUUGAAACGAGGGCAUCUCUUGUACCUGAGCGUUCAAGCCCUGUUCAAGAUUGUCAGAUAGUCCAGGAAAGUGAACCCGUCAUCCAAGUCAAUUCUUGGGUUGGGAUAAGCAGUAAUGAUGACCAAGUAUAUGCUGUUAAGAAUAACUUUCCAGCCUCUGUUCACACUACAAGAUAUUCUCGAAAUGACCUGCACCUGGAAGACAUCCAGACUGAUGAGGACAAGUUAAACUGUAGUCUUCUCUCUUCAGAGUCUACUUUUAUGCCAGUUGCGUCAGGACUCUCUCCAGUAUCGCCUACAGUUGAGCUGAGGCUACAGGGCAUUAACUUGGGCCUAGAAGAUGAUGGUCCCAGAGAUGAAUAUGUGAAAGGGUUAGAAAGCCAGGGCUUUGAUAAGGAAGAGGAAAAGGCUUUUUGGGCUGCCAGUGAGAAUUCUGUCCAAAUGAUGAAAAAUACGAUUAGUACAGAGGGAAAUGAGAAAGAUAGUCUGUUACCUUGUCCUGAGCCAGCAGUAACCAGUGCUGUCUUGAAGGUUAACACCCACAGUCUUACAUCUUUUCCUGAGUCAGUUGGGCACAGUGUCUUCCAUACACAGCCAGGCAGUGAAGAAACCACGUCUCAGACAGCUGCAGAGAAACUUCCCUGCAAGGUUUUAACCCAGACAUCUGUUGCUUUGGGCCAAGAUAAAGUUGCCCUUCAGAAGUUGAAUGAAGCAGCCACCAAGCUUCAGGCCUGUUGGCGGGGCUUUUAUGCCAGAAGUUACCACCCACAAGCCAAAGAUGUGCGCUAUGAGAUCCGGCUGCGCAGGAUGCAGGAGCACAUUGUCUGCCUAACUGACGAAAUUAGGAGAUUAAGAAAAGAAAGAGAUGAAGAACGCAUUAAAAAAUUUGUACAAGAAGAGGCUGUCAGAUUCCUUUGGAACCAGGUAAGGUCUCUACAAGCUUGGCAACAGUCAGUGGACCAGCAACUAAGUUCCUGGCAGAUCGAUGUUCCUCCUGUAUCAAGUACCUUGGUGCCACCUAAACCUGCAUUACUCACCCGAAGUCAGGAGCCCUCUUCUGAUCAAAAUUCUGAUUGGUUCAUUGCUCCUGAUGAAGCUCCUCAAGAGAAAUCCUUACCAGAAUUUCCAGACUCUGGUUUUCAUUCCUCCCUAACAGAACAAGUACACUGUUUACAGGAUUCUUUGGAUUUUGAAAAAAGUUCCACAGAGGGUAGUGAAAGUUCCAUAAUGGGGAAUUCCAUUGACACAGUCAGACAUGGCAAAGAGCCAGACCUAGGGGAUGAUAGUGAAGAACAUGGUGAAUGGAGUAAGGGAAGCUCAAACCAUGAGCAGGAUAAUAGUCUGCUUGAACAGUAUUUAACUUCAGUUCAACAGCUAGACGAUGCUGAUGAGAGGACCCAUUUGGAUGAAGGGACUGGAGAUAGUAAGCUUCACAUAGCUGGUUCCCCUGAAAAGUUAGAUGCCUUGUCUGACAGUGCUUCUGUAGAUGAUGCUCAUGGCAUAUCUCCUGCUCUGCAAGAUGAAAUCAGCCAGACACCAGAGAAUUGUAAAUUAAAUGCAGACACCCAAGAGCAGCAGUCAGAAUGUGAUUCUACAUUUCAGGUAUUGCAUGUUGGUAUUAUUGUGUAGCUUGCCUGGUUGCUUGGGAAGCAGAAAUCCAACUAACUUCAGACUAUUUUCAGUUGGCUUUUUUGUGUCAGGGGUGGGGAGAAGAAUAUUCCUCCCAAUUUUGUUACUAUUUAUCUAGAAUUUAUAUUCUUGUCUCAUAUUUUCUGUAUCCUAGGUACUAAGCUGAAUCUUCAUUUUGAUUUUGUUAGCUUUUUACUUAGCUGUAAGGUAUCAAACAAUAUUUAUAUUGAAAGCUACAUGCACUUUAUUAACAACUGAAUUGCAUCAACAGUGUUCCUGUGUUUUCAUGUAUUCACUUCCUUUCAAAAAUAAACUAGAAUAUGUUAAAGAAGAUAGAAAAAUUUACCUUAAUGAUAUAAAUAAGAGUAUUUUAAUUCCUCUGCAUACAAGGAAAUUAAUUAUGUCAUAAGGAAUGCAAUUUGUUAUAAUGAAUAUAAAUGACAAAUAGGUUUGUGAACUAUUGAAAUUUGCCAGCCUCCUUGGAGUAAGAACAUAUAUUUUUAAGCAUUUUUUUCCUUCCUUAUGAGUCAAGGAAAGCCUUCUUAUAAGCAAAAGGUAAGAUUAUAGGAAUUUUCAGUGGGGAUGAUUAAAUUGUCUCAUGGAAAAGUUUAGUUAAUGUCGUGUAUCAGUUUUAACAUGUGAAGCAACAGUGUUCUAUCUAGAAUUAAAGUCAAGUUUAUUUAAAGAGGCAACACAAGAAUAUUUCUCUUGGAUAUAGGCUCCAUUCACUUGGAAUAAUGUCACAGGAAACAUUUGUUAUCUUUUCAUUUAGUGAUGAUUUUACCUCACAGAUGGGCAUUUCUGUGCCAGUACAUUGCCAGAAGUUAACGUCUGUUUGUCUUCUCUCUUCCUGCUUUCUAUUUGCUUGUGUAUCUCAGCAGAGGUCUGUGGCCAUUUACUUCACUUUUGACCUCUGCCCCAUAGAAAAGAACAUUUAAAAUAAUACCAGUGGAGGAAUAUGAAUGACUUUUUUUUUAAGGACUAUUUUCUAUCUAAACUCUGAAAAAGUGCCACAUUGGGAAAGACAAUUUGAUGGUGGUUGAGGAAAAAAAUACACCUCACUUAUUUCUUUACUUAUUAAAAAGAGUAUGUAUCUGUAACUCCAGGAAGAAAUGACAAUAUCAUGUUUGAACGUUAUAGAUAGACACAUUCACAAAUCAAGGAUAAUUUUGGGAAGCUUAUUUUAAUCUUUGAGACUGUUCUAGUAUUGUUGAACGACACAUACCUGACUUGCUCCCAAUCUGUGGACAUACAGCUAUUUUAAACUAUGGCAAUACUUAAGUGUUCUCUAAAUUGAGGUGCUAAAUAACUGUUCAUUCCUCGGUUCAGUCACUAGGUCCCCUUCUUUGAACUUAUACAAAAUAAAAGCUUCUGAUUCUUCCAAGAAUAAAGUCAGGGAGUCCCAUGUUCUACUUUGUUGAUAGUUAGAAACAUUUCUCCAAUGUGGGUAAGAUGUAUUUUUCUUGGUUUAUAAAUAUGUAGCACUCAGGUUGAGAAAACUUGGAUUUCAUUCUCAGAAAUCCAGAAUCUCUUGCAAAGGAAAUAUUUUCUGUCUCUUAUAAACAAAACAGCAGUCUUACAUUGAAAGGAUUUUCCCUAGUGAAGCACAUAUCACAUUGAAUGCAUGUUAAAUAAGAGAAGAAUUUUUACCUUUUUGAAUAAUGCUGAUUAUCUUUUAUGAAUGAUUUUGAAUUUCUUCUUAAAUGUACCCUAUUUUUCUAUUUUACAGUUAAGUGCCUCAUUUGCUGCCCAUAGUUAGACAAAGAAAAACCAACUUGCGCUGCACUAAUACCAAAAUGCUGCAUCAUGGUGCAUUAGUUUCUCAUAAAAGCUUCUGAAAUGUCAUGGUUCAGUAUUACCUCAGUAGGCUUCUGCUGACAUCUCCCCACUUUUCUCUUUUUUUAAGAAAUGACAAAACACAACUAAGUUCAUUUGAACAUCAGCAUUUGCCAAUAAGAUUUCCUUUUCCAUCUUUGCCUUGUUUUUCUAGCCCAUAAAUGGUAUUCAGCAUACUUUUAUUUUAAAAUUGGCAGAAUAUGAUUAAGAUACUCUGCUGUUCAUGCUAUUUAACUUUACUAGCAUUUUGAAGUGCAAGAAUAUUAAGUAGCCCCCUACCUUAGAUGUACAGAUUAUCUCGAAUGUAAAUAGAAUGAACGUAAUGUAAAUUAGAAUGCAGGAAGACUGUGGCACAGACCUAAUAUAUUUUAAUAGGUUUACAGUGUAAUUUAAAAUUAUUUAUUUGACUAAGGUACUUGGUUUUAACUCUAUGAGCUAUUUAUUGCUCUGGUCAGAGAAUGAGUCUGGUAAGGUUUGGGAAGUUGAGCUUUAACAGAGUCUUUGUGUUCUUCUAAUAGGAGAGGUUAGUUCAGCUGUGCCAUUUUACUUUGGUUCUCCUCCUUUGUGAGCAAUUUCAAUAUAUUCCUUCAGAGGCAUGGAAUCAUACCAUGUGAGAAUUGGAAGGAACGUUAGAGAUUGUCUAUUCUAAUCUCUUUGUUUUAAAGAUGAAACUAAAGCACAGAGAAGUUAGAUGACUUGUUUGAAUGGAUAGCUAGUUAGUAGAAAAUAAACUGUGAAAACUUAAAAGUUAUUGUAUUCCAAAAUGUAUUAUAUACACUUUACGUUAAUCUUUACACAGUAAGUCAGUAAGAAAGUCUCUACAUAUUCUUCAUCCUCUUUGAAAGAGACAAAAAAACAGUUCUAAGAGAGCUGGAACUCUACCAUUCAAGGCAGAGUGGCUUGAGGAAAAACAGCUGAUACGUGCAGAACCCUGAGUGAAUUUUCUCUAAGAAAUGUGAUUUGAUUAAAAUGGUUUUCAAAGAGUAACAUGGUAGAAAUCAACAUUUUAAAAGACUAACUGCAUCUUGGAGUCCAUUUAUUUGAUGACAGGAAGUAUAACAGGUUGCUGGGAUACAUAAUUUUCUAGUGAAAUGCUAGUUUGAUUAUAUUUCAUCUUUAGUUUUACAGAAAAACAGAUGGUAAAGUUUUGACUCUCUUAGUGUGCAGAAAGCUCCAAUCAUGACAGUUGAUACAUACAGAAUAUAGUUUGGUUUUAUAAAUUUAAUUAUAAAAAGCCUUACAAUGUGCAUGUUUGUAGGAAAUAUUUAGCCACAUAAUUUUAGUAUAUAUGCAAAUAACUAAAAAUUGAAGUAUAGUUGAUUUACAACGUUGUGUUAAUUUCUAGUGUACAGCAUACUGACGCAUUUAUAUGUAAAUAUAUAUAUUCCUUUUCAUAUUCUUUUUCAUUUUAGGCCAUUACAAAGUAUUGAGUAUAGUUCCCUGUGCCAUACAGUAGGACCUGUUUUUUAUCUAAAAAUAACUUCUUAUGAGUAUUUUCAGAAACAGUAUAGACUUAUGAUAUUAUACUGUCUCCCUUGAUAAUGUGUUUGGCACAGAUUCUUAGAGUUGAAUUGAUAACCACAAUAUAAAAUAUAAAAAUCUUUUUUUCCUGUAGUAAAAAGGGAAAAUGCAAGAUGAGUCUGAUCAAUUUCCCAUUCAUAAAUUUUAAAAAGACACAUAAUUCUUUAAUGUGUAUUUUUAUUUUACCAUGUACCUUAUUAAGGAAUUUUUAUUACAGUAACAUUUUAACUUUUAAAUAUAUGACCCCCUUCAUUUAUGAAAUAGAGCCGAAAAGGUCUGUAAGGAACAUUCUAAACAUUUUUAGUGAUAUUGCUUUCACUAAUCAAACCUAUUGUGCCAUAUUAAAUUUAAAGGUCAAGUAAACAAUGUAGUCCUCACAGCCUUGGAGAGAAACAGGUAUAUGUCUUUUAAAAAUGAGGUGCUUUUUAUUUGUGAAUGAGUAGAAAUCAUACUACAAUUUAAUUCCUUAAUUAACUUUAGUGGAUAGCAGGAAUUACUCUGUAGUGGCUUUGUUCAUUUCCUAAUUAAAUUUCUUUGAGUGUUUUGUAAUUAUUUUAAUGCUGACAGUAAGAGUUUAAAAAUAAUUUGAUUUAACACUAUUUUUAGGUUUCUCUUUAAUUUUGUUGUAGAAAUAAUGGAUGAUUUAAAGUGGCUGUGGUCUGUUUUAUGAAGGCUUAAUAUUUUAUAUUGUACUUACUUAAUUUGUAUUUAAGUCUCAGAUUCUAAAUAAAAAGUUUGUACAUUUGUUUGAGUGAUUCAUCUAUAUAUAAUAGUGAUUAGUAGUAAUGGCUGUUAUUAACUGUGCUUGUAAUUAAUGGGUAAUUAAAAUUCAGAACACAUUGCAGAUAGAAUUCUUAAAGAACAUUCAACAGUAUUGUAUAAGUGAAUUGACAA